CUUCUGUUGGCACCAUGUCAUCCAGCCGCCUUCGAGCAACGCUCUUCCGAGCGUUGUACGUUAUUCCCCCAGCCUUGGUGUUUCUGAAAUUUGGCUACACGAUUGGUUCUGUAAAUGGCCGCUCAAUGCAGCCCACCUUCAACCCAGACAGUAGCGGGCUCCGCAAAGACUGGGUGCUCCUCGACCGCUUCUCCCCAGCCUGCGGCAAAUACAAUGUCGGGGAUGUUGUAAUACUCUCGUCACCGUCGAACCCAGAAAUGAAGCUGAUAAAGCGGAUCGUGGCACUUGGUGGCGAUGCUAUCAGACCAAGGCAUGGGCCAGGGGAAGGCGUGGCACCAGGAAGCUGGAUACUAAAAUCCCAAGUUGAUGAGUAUGUUAGAAUUCCCAAAGGCCACUGUUGGGUGGAGUCAGAUGAGCCUUAUAGAGGACUCGAUAGCAAUGUCUUUGGACCAGUGCCCCUGGGACUCAUUGAUGCCCGUGUAGACCGGGUUAUAUGGCCUUUGGAUCGCUUUCACAAGAUUCCUCGAAUAUUACCGAAACCUGGACGGGUGGUCAAAUCGGGGAGAUUGACAUUUGAAUUUGAUGACGCCGAUGAUGCGAAGAUGGUACCGAUUUGGAAAACGUGAGGUUCGGAUAUUCCUGGAUUUGUACAUAACUGGGGGAAUUUGAACCGGCUAGUGAGGCGAGGUCUGCGGAACGAAUAAGUCGCACACGCUGUUUCGUAGCCCUUCGCUUUAGUUGCUUGAGUUCCCCCGUAUCCCUGUGUAAUUUAAUUGCCAACUUUCCGAUUGUAAAAGCCAUGUAUGGAUGUUUAUUACUGUACACGUUGAGAUACUGCAGACUUGGGCCUUACUACUUUGCGC